AUGCCAGCAAUGAUGGCAAAACAAAUGAUGCGCCCGGCUCAUCGAAUCCCACCGAUACGUAUGGUGGCGCAUUCCGAUCACCCGGCGUUGGGCUGCAAUCGUAAAACGGUGACCACGUAUCUGGUAGCUAAGAAAAUUGUAGGUAGGAGACCGAACCCAAAACGAAUUAAAAAGACUUGCUACAAUCAAGUAUAUACAGAAAAGGCAUGUAAAUGCGAAGAUAAGGAAGCUUUAAAGGCUUUCUUCGAAGAACUGAUGGAAAGAAAAAUGAGCCAAAUUUCUGCACAGUACCAAGUGCUCCUAGAAGAAGUAGCGCAGCAGAAAGUCCUCAUUCAACAGCUUCUGAAAGAACGCACCGACGACUCAUCGAUAAUGAGAGAAUUUCCAAUUAAAAACAAAACAGAUUUGGGCCGAAUUAAUGAAAAUAUAGAAGUUCGCGGAAAGAAGAACUACAUCAAAUGUAUGACUCAAAUUCUCCAGGGUUCUGGAGUGGUGAAAAACCUGAAGAAUAUUAUAACAGACGAAUUGGCCAUGCAGUACAAUAUUGAUGGAGUGUUGGGCAAAGAUUCGUUCAAAGGCUUUACAAAUUUUUUCGACGCCCUUAUUGGUAAGAACAGGACAAGCUUUUUAAUUAAAACAAUGGAUUCACCAGCGCUUUUUGAUGACACCUAUUUGGAAGAAUGCCCGACAACUUCUUCGACUCCCGUAAAAGAACAAUUGACAUUUAAACUGAAGAAGCUCAACAAUUCUGGUUGCUACAACCCAGAGACAAGCUUCUCGAAACAAAAAGGAAACAAUUUGGCUGUGGAAGGAAAUGGUAAUCCAAUAUAUUGUUAA